ACAUUUUUGCCUAAUGACAAAUUUUCCUUAUAAAAUUUCUCCGUCCCUUGCCCUUUUCCAUUUCUUUUCUCCUUCAAAUCAAAAAUCCUUAAACCCUAAACCAUGAAUCUCUGCAAAUCAUUUACAGAGAUCUUAUCAGCAAAAUCAACAAUAAAACGUCUAUUGAAUCCAUUACUAGUCCUUCAAUCCUCACAAUUUUCAUCAAAACCAAUCAAAACCCUAAAAGAAUCAGAAGUUCCGGAACUAUUUGGUAAUCAGGAGGAGCUUGGAUUUCCAUUUAAGACUACAAACCCACUUCAGGAAUAUGUUGUACUGGAUGUUCCAAAACCAAAGGAAAUACCUUGGCAAUCAAGUAUUGCUAAUUCUGUUAACUUAAUUGGUUCUGUUUCUAUACCUGUUCAGUUUGAAGAAUCUGAUGAUGGCAAGUUUAGAGCUGGUACUAUUCUUUCAAUGGAGAAAACCCUGGGUUCUACUCAUCUUUGGAUCCCUCUAGUCUUCGAAGGUUAUCUAGCACAUAUUGCUGCUUGCCAUUUGAAAGAAAGUGACCUUAUUCACGUAUCUGGACAUUUAACUGGAGAAUCACCAGAACUUUCUAAAGAACGUGGUCAUUCAAGUAUCCAGCUUAUGGUGCGUAAUAUAAGUUUUGUCAACGAAUCCACUCGAGGCAAGGAAAACUGCACAACUAGUAAGCAAGACCAACGAGCUUCCAGCCUGUCAGUUAAUACGUCAAAGGAUAACUCUUGGAGAGACCUAAUUGACAACCCAAGUCAGUGGACUGAUUACAGGAAGGAUAAACUUGAUGGAUUGGUAAAACCGAAGUUUCCAGAUUUCAAGCGCAAGGAUGGUGGCCAAGCCCUAUGGAUUGACGGUGCACCAAAAUGGGCAAUUUCAGAACUUCAAAUCACAUUCGGGAAAGCAGAGGAGUUUUCUCGGAGCAAUGCUCAAACACAACAGGAAAGCUCCUCCCAUGGCCGUACAAAAAAGAGUUCAGAGGAGUCUUGGAAAAACUUGAUUGACGAUCCAACAAACUGGUGGGAUAACAGAGCUAAAAAGCUCAAUCCGAAGGCUCCUGAUUUUAGGAACAAAGUCACACGUGAAGGUAUAUGGCUUAGCAGUGCACCAGCUUGGGUAUCGGAUAAGUUGCCUCCUGUGCAAACGUACUAAAGAUAACUUGAUCUUUCUGUAAAACUCAAUUUACUAUCUGAGAUCAGAAAACACCUUUGGGGAUUUGAUGCUCAUGUAUCGGGUAAAGUUGCCUCCAGCAAUUGGUGAUUCUGAAGUAAAAUUUAGUAGCUAGAUGUAGGGUCAUUUUGGGGUAUUCUUGUUUAAGGCUGUUCUUAAAUAUUACGUAGUUCUUUUGCUGGUACGUUCACAGUUCACUUUUUACAUUGUGGAUGACAAGAAACUGUAGGUGUUAAAUGGCUAUGUUUAAUGAUGUAAAGAAAUGACAAAUACUUGGCUGUUAAAUGGCUAACACUUCUCUUCGUCU